UCCUCGACUCUAGAACAUUGGCUAUAUAGCAGCGAUAUUGAUGAGAUCUCUCUAAGUCUCUUGGAUAGAUCAGAUAUUGUUGGCAUUCAAUCUCUGUAUAGCUGGAAGUCCCUUGAGCCGGCGGAGGGUGAUUAUGAUUUCUCCAGCCUUAGAGAGGAUUAUGAAAAGGUACUUGCGAAGGGCAAAAAGUUCUGGAUUCAGCUUCAAGACAGGAGUUUCAACGCUAGCGUCGACCCAGUUCCCAAGUACCUGAAUACACCAUAUUAUAACAAUGGAAGCGCUCCAGCUUGCGAUGGAACCGCAUGCGACACCAAUUUUACAAUCAGCGGCUGGGUUGCGCAGCAAUGGAAUCCACGAGUGCGUCAUCGUUAUCACGCCCUCCUCAGCGCAAUAGCAGGAGAAUUUGAUGGCAAGAUUACCGGCAUCAAUUUACCGGAAACAUCCAUCUCCGUUAAUGAGAAUACAAAUAACUACACCGAUGAAGGUUACUUCCUGGGCGAAUUAGAAAAUGCAGGCUACGCAGCCAAAGCCUUCAAGAAGAGCUAUACCGUACAAUAUGUCAACUUCUGGCCUGACGGGUGGAACAACACCAACAACCGGUUCACAGAUUCCUUCGACUUUUACGCGAAGCAUGGCGUGGGCGUUGGUGGGCCUGAUUUAAUUCCAAAUAAACCGGGACAGGAAGCAAAUUCUUAUGUAUACAUCCCGAUGUAUCAUGAUAAGGUACCUAUUACUGUGGUGGCUGUUCAGGAACCAGAUUUGGAAGAGAUAAACAAGAGUACUGGAAUGCCGUUCACGAAAGACGAGUUUGUUGAUUUUGCUGUCAAUGAGCUGCAUGUUCGCAUUAUAUUCUGGACAGUUGAGGCACCCUGGCUG